UCGGUCCUCCAUAAGAAAGUGCUAGAAAAUAUUAAAUAAUAUUGAAUAUGUAUAAAAAAGAAAGAAAAGAAAAGAUUACGCAAGAAAAACGAAAAUUAGUCUAAAGGUAAAAUAGUGCAGUUAAUUAAUAGUAAAAGUCUUUGAAUUAAUUUGAGUUCCUCAAAUAAAAUGUAGAGUAAAAAGUACAAUAUUUACCUCUGAGAUUUAGUGGCGUACAGGUAGAAAGUAAAAGUAGUGUAUGUAAAGUAUAAAAGUGUGUGUGUGCGUGUGUGUGUGUGUGUGUGUGUGUGUGUGUGUGUGUGUGUGUGUGUGUUUUUUAUCAGUGCUGUCCAGCUUCUCGGCUUUUUCCUGCCAAACUUCCGUUUCCUUGGCAACCCAGACAGGGAAACAGGAAGUGAUGGGCAGGGCAGCUCCCAGAAUACCAUCUGAAACUCUGAGACCUCUCACUCUGCUGCAGGAUUACUACACAGUUAUACUACAGAAACCACUUCACCGUUUACUGUAGAAGUACUUCAUCUACUGCUCAUCCUACAAGAGGAACUACAACAGCUUCGGGAACUACUUGCUGCAGAAAGUACUCGUUAUACUCGCAGGAUUACAACAAUCCCAAUCAAAACCCCAACCAGAGACAGAACCUGGCACCUCAAGCUGGACCAGAACCAGAAGCCAGAACCAGUACCGGAGCAGUAAGCCAGUCUGACUCUGUAGAGCGGAUCAGACCACGCCAGGACAGACCAGAAGAGACCAGAAGAGACCAGUAGAAAUCAGUAAAGGCCAUUGGAAAAGUUUGAUGGGACUGCUGACGAUAGCCACAUGCCUCUGAGUCCGGCUGCUGACACCAAACAUGAUCGCCCGCGGCAACAGGCGGUUACUAACGGCAACCCGACAGGCUCUGCUGUUGCCAGGGACGACGACGCGGAUGACACGCCCCCUGGAAACAGCAUUGUCGUCCGCAUUGGCAUCCCAGACCUGCAGCAGACGAAGUGUUUGCGGUUGGACCCAGAGUUACCAGUUUGGACCAGUAAGCAGAGGGUUCUGGUGACGUUGACUCAGUCUCUGUCGGAUGUUUUGAACUAUGGUCUCUUCCAGCCGGCGUUCAACGGCCGAGCCGGAAAGUUUCUGGACGAGGAGCGGCUGCUGAAGGAGUAUCCUCUCCCUCCCAUCACGCCCAUCCCAUACCUGGAGUUUCGUUAUAAGAGGAGAGUUUACACCCAGAGCUACGUGGACGAUAAGCAGCUGGCCAAGCUGCAUACCAAGGCAAACCUGAAGCGCUUUAUGGAACAUGUCCACCAGAAGAAUGUGGAGAAGGUUUCCAAAUGGUUGGAAAAGGGCCUGGACCCCAACUUCCAUGACUCAGACACCGGGGAGUGUCCUCUGACCCUGGCGGUCCAGCUGGAGGAGAGCGGCGACUUGAUUAAAGUCCUUCGCAGUGGAGGAGCUCACCUGGACUUCAGGACCAGAGACGGUAUCACCGCUCUGCACCGAGCCGUCCUCUGCAGGAACAGCGCCUCUCUCACUACUCUGCUGGACCUCGGAGCAUCCCCGGACUACAAGGACAGCAGGGGUCUGACUCCUCUCUAUCACUCAGCCAUGGUGGGCGGCGCCCCCUACUGCUGCGAGCUGCUACUGCAGGACCACGCCACCAUCGGGAUGACUGAUGAGAACGGGUGGCAGGAAAUCCACCAGGCAUGUCGCUAUGGUAACGUGCAGCACUUGGAACACCUGCUGUUCUACGGCGCUGACAUGAGUUCCCAGAAUGCAUCGGGAAACUCCGCACUGCACCUCUGUGCUCUCUACAACCAGGACAGCUGUGCCAGAGUGCUGCUGUUCAGAGGAGCAAAUAAGGACAUCAAAAACUACAACAACCAGACUGCCUUUCAGGUGGCGAUAAUUGCUGGGAACUUUGAGCUCGCAGAAAUCAUAAAAAUUCACAAAACCUCCGACGUUGUAGUUCCCUUCAGAGAAACUCCAUCCUACACAAAGCGCCGCAGAGGCCUGACCAGGUCGCCGGCUGGAAAUGGUCUGUCUUCUCCGCGCUCUCUGAUUCGCUCAGCGAGCGACAACGUUCUGGAAAGCCCCGCCUCCUCUCCUGGUCCCUCCCUCCAAAGCCUGGAAACGCACCACGACACGCACACGCAUUCGCUACGACGACACACGCGCCGGCUCAGCCCGAGCGCUGGGGGUCAUGUGGAGACCAGCCCCCCCGCCUCUCCUCCCCUAACCCCCCAGUUGAGGAAGAGGAGGCUGUACAGCGCCGUACCAGGACGCACCUUCAUCGCCACCCGGUCCCACGUCCCCCAGGGGGUCGGAGAGAUCCAGCUGCACCGAGGAGAGAGGGUCAAAGUUCUGUCUAUAGGUGAAGGAGGAUUCUGGGAAGGAACUGUUAAAGGAAGAACUGGUUGGUUUCCUGCCGACUGUGUUGAAGAAGUCCAGAUGAGACAAUACGACCCACGACUGGAGACGAGGGAGGACCGCACUAAGAGACUGUUCAGACAUUAUACUGUAGGAUCCUAUGACAACUACACCUCCUACAGUGACUAUGUGAUCGAGGAGAAGACGGCCGUGCUGCAGAAGAGAGAGAGCGAGGGAUUCGGCUUCGUCCUCAGAGGAGCUAAAGCUGAGACGCCCAUCGAGGAGUUCGCCCCCACCCCGGCGUUCCCCGCCCUCCAGUACCUGGAGUCAGUGGACCAGGGGGGCGUGGCCUGGAGGGCGGGGCUACGGACCGGAGACUUCCUGAUAGAGGUGAACGGUGCUGACGUGGUGAAGGUGGGUCACCGGCAGGUCGUCUCUCUGAUCCGACAGGGAGGAAGUCGACUACUGAUGAAGGUCGUCUCUGUUUCCAGGAAAUCUGAAUCCAACCUGAUCAGGAAGAAAGCUCCGCCCCCUCCAAAACGAGCCCCCAGCACCUCGCUGACACUUCGAUCCAAGUCCAUGACGGCUGACCUGGAGGACAUAGCCAGGAGGAGACGCUUCGACAAACUGGAUGAGAUGUUGGCCGGGGGUCAACCGGAAGUUGUUCUACGGGGCCGACCGACAGACGACUUCAGAGCGGCGACGGUGAAACAGAGACCGACCAGCCGGCGAAUCACACAGGCUGAGAUUAACUCGUUGUUUGAGCGUCAGGGUCUGGUGCCCCCCUCAGCUCCGGAGAAAAGCACCAUGGCUUUACCCCGAGGAAUGUCCAGAACCAAGAGCUUCGGCACACCUGACGACGACAGGAUCUCGGCUCUGAUCAAUGAAAGUCGGUUUCCACGGAGCUCCUCACUGACGGACAGCUUCAUCCCUCCUCCUCCUCAGAUGGCUCCACCCCCUCCUCCCUCCGCCUCCUCCUCCACCUCCUCGCUCUUCCUCCUCGACUCCGGUCCUCCUCCCUCCUUCCUCCCCCCUCCUCCCCCGGCUAGAGGGGAGGGGCUAACCCGCUCCAGCUUCAAGCCGGGGGCGGAGCCGCGGCUCCAGGAGCUCUGCGAUUCGCCGACGAGGAGCCACGCCCACGCCGAGCGGCAGAGGAAGGCGAGGUCGAUGAUCAUCCUGCAAGACACGCCGCCGCAGCAGCAGCAACCUGACGCACACGCCGCGGCCACGCACGCGCUGCACACCGCCACGCACACCGCCACGCACACGCUUCACACCGCCACGCACACCUCCACGCUGUCUCUCCACAGCCCCUCCAGCCCUGCCCUCGGUCACUCACCGCUGUCACGCCGACGGGGACGAGCAAUAGAAAACCCUUAUGCUAACGUGGGACAGCAGGCUCCGCCCUCCAAGCCGCAGAGGAGGAAGUCACCUUUGCUGAAGCAACUUCCUGUAGAGGAGCAGGGAAUCAAAGAUCUGGAUUUGUUGAAAGUAGACGGCGGACCCAGCAGCCCCAGCAGAGCGGAGCUGUACCAGCAGCAGGUUCUUUCAGAGCGCUCUCGGGUUCAGGGUCGCAGGUCGUCUCUCUUCCUGUCUGUGGAGGGCGCCGGCUCAGAAAACCAGGUGCCGCCCCUCCUGACUCUGAGCCAUUCGAUGGACGACCUCGGCGAGCUUCCACCUCCAGCUCCGGUCCUGUCGCCCUCACCAACGCCUCACACCUUCCUCCACCCGCUGACGGGGAAACCUUUAGACCCGUCGUCUCCACUCGCCCUGGCACUUGCUGCACGCGAACGAGCGCUCACUGCUCGCACACCGAGCCCGGAGCCUCGAAUGAAACACAUAUCUGCCUCCACCACGCCCAUCCUAACCCCAGCCGCCAGCCCCGAGGGCAGACACAAGCGCACCCCUAUCACCACCCCGCAGAGCAGCCCCGAGCCGAGGUCCAAACGCACCACCCCUCAGACGAGCCCCGAGCAGCGAACCAAGCGCACCACUCCCCAGACGAGUCCUGAGCUGAGGCAUAAACGCAUAACCCCGCCCUUGUUCCCCGACGGACAGGUGGAGCGUCCAGAAACAGAGGGAGGCGUGACAUCACCUGCCGGCCCCUCCCCUGAGCGCUGGAGACCCACCGCCUUGCCGCAGCUGGCCAAUGAGAGUCACCCUGCUCUGAUUGACAGGCGCAGGAGCCUCACAGUGGGCAGCUCAGAGGAAGAGGGCGGGGCUUACACUGUUACACUCCCCCCGGCGUUGUUGUCGUCCAGCGAUGAGGAGACUAGGGAGGAGCUUCGCAGAAUCGGCCUGGUAACUCCACCCUCUGCCUUCGCCAGUCCUACCGGCCUUCCUCCCCCAUCCUCCCUCUCCCUGUUGCCACGGCGAGUUGGGGAGGGAGGGGGAGGAGAGAGUGGUCCUGAGUCGCUGGGUAGACGAGGAGAUGAGGAGGAAGGAAGUGACGAAAGGCUCCACGACAGCUCCUCCCCCAGCUCACUCCCUCCCUCCAUCACCUUGGCGUCCCCUCCUGAUCCAUCCUCCCCCUCCUCCCCUCCUGCUGCUCACCCUUCGCCCUCCUCGCCCUCCACCUCCCCAUCUGGUUUUAAGCCACGCCUUCGCUCACCUAUAGGUCGGGGCCGCUCUGCGCUCCGGGAUCCGCUGCUGAAGCAAUCAUCAGACAGCGAGCUCCUCCCGUCUUCUGCGUCCUACUCCUCCCCCUCCUCGCCACUCUGCUCCUCCCCCACCGGCGGCUUCGGACGGCAGCCACGCUAUCUGUUCCAGAGGAGGUCAAAGCUGUGGGGGGGAGGGGACGAUCGCGAUGAGCGGCGGGGCUUCAGCCCGGAUGACGUGGGACGUCCAACAGCACUGGGAGGUCAGGGGUCGGGGUCGGCCGUGGAUCUGAGCAGCCGGUCCGCGUCGGCGCUGGAGCUGAGCGGCAGGGCGGGGUCUGGAAUCGAUCUGGCCAAUCGGCUACAGCUGCUCAACAAAGACAGUCACUCUCUGGGGGAGGAGCCGAGUCCCCUCGAUCCGGGCCGGAGGUCACCAGUAGGAGGUGCCAGAUGUGUGGACAAUGGAGAGAGUAAAUCGUUGUUCUCCAGUCUUGGUGAACUCCACACUAUCUCCCAGCGAGGAUACGGCCCCAGCUAUACAGUCCGACCAGGAAGCCGCUACCCCGUCACCCGUCGGAGCCCCUCCCCCUCUCCCUCCCCAUCUGAUAGGUCAAUAGGGCUCCCCUCCUCCACCGCCCCCUGCUCUGAAAGGCCAGAUCUGAGCUCGGGUCGCGGUCUAACAAUCCUGAAGUCGUCCAGCCUCAGCCUCCCCUCAGAACCAAAGGAGGUUCGGUUUGUGAUGCGAAGCGCCAGUGCACGAACCAGGUCCCGUUCACCCUCACCUUCACCCCACGCCUCUCCCUGCCCCUCCCCGGUCCUCAGCGGGCCCCUGCUGGCUCUUCGGCCAUGGAGGCAGCGGCCCCUCAACUUGUGGAAUAAAUAUGACGUGGGUGACUGGCUGGAGAGCGUAGGCCUCGCCGAACACCGCCAGCGCUUCCAGGAGCACGAGAUCGAAGGCUCCCAUCUCCCCGCCCUCACCAAGGAGGACUACGUGGAGCUGGGCGUCACCAGACUGGGACACCGAAUCAACAUCGAGAGGGCUCUCAGACAGCUACUGGAUGGUUCCACUUGACCCCUCACCUCCGACCACUAACCUCUAGACAUCCUGAACUGUGACCUCAUAACCCCUGACCUCUGGUCAGACACUAGGCCAUCUCUUUGACUAGAAUAUCUUAGCAGUGACUGAAUCUUUAGACCUUUUUACCAACGUGGAGCCCGGCUCUCUGAGCGAUCUCGCUGACAUUUUGACUUAUCAGCUCUUUGAUCGACCCAAACGGAUUUAGUCAAAACUAGAGCUAACUCAUAACAUCCACACGUGGUGCCUUCAAAUGGGGUCGUGUUUACGAGAGGGGAAGUCGUGUUAACAAUAUUCUUGGCGUUCCAAGUCGUGAAGAACGACGCUGCUAAGCAACGGCAAUAUUAACGUUACUGUCGGCGUCUAGAAGCCACAGAGGAUAACAAUUUAGAAAGCUUGCAAGUGGGUAACAUAAUGCAGAAAAUGCAAAAAGACAUAAUGACAGAGGAAAAAGAUGAGGUCGUUGGGAAGAUCAACAUUCAAGAAAAACAAUAUACGACUAAAAUUACAAUAUAUUGACUUAUUAUGCACCGAAAAAAUAACUUCCAUAGGCUCCGACAUUUCUGACAACGUCAACAAACACGGCACAAGUCGUGAACUGGAAGCUUUCAGAAACUAAUCAAAACUAAAGCUAACUCAUCACACUGUGUGGAUGUUAGGAGUUAACUUUAGUUUUGACUAAAGCUAACUCCUAACAUCCACACAGUGUUCUACAGCUGGACACAGAGCUCUCAACAGGUGAAGGGACGUUGAUCAAAGAGCUGAUCUGACAAAACUGAUAACAAAUACAAUGAGACGGGUCAUUUUCCUCGUGCCAUUCUGCUUCCCCAGACGAGUUUAGCGAGACUUUUUUGCGAGCAGAGCUGGACGAUUAGCGAGCUACUGGGAGUCUCUACCUUAACGGGAGUCUUUCUUGUGACUUUUUUUUUUUUUUUUUCUUCCUUUCAAAUAUCACUCAUGAAGAAUACGUGUUUUAUUUUGAGUUCAUAUCUUAACGCCGAUCAUUUAGAAUUUAUAAAUAACAAGUAAUAAUAAUGUGGUGGUGAUGACUUACAGAGUUUCUAAUAGUUUGGAAAAUGAUUUUGAGUUCCUUAUGAUUUGACAAUGAAUUGAAUUUCAGGGUCGUUUCGGUGACGUUUUGAAAUUCAUAAUGAUUUGUCAAUGAGUGUGACUUUGUGCUGAUGUGCUGUGUGUUUCAGGGAGAGCUGCAGCAGAGCUCCAACUGGUUUCUAACCUGCUUAUCGAGGGCUUACUGUACAUGGUGCUAUCUGUUUAAAGCCAUCUGUACAGAAAAUACCUUCCCCUCCUAUACCUUCCUCACACCGACACACGAAACUCCUAGCUUAACCCCCCAUGACUCUAUUAUUCCUAAAUUAAUCAAUCACAUGUGGCUGUACCAUCUCGCAGUAAUGGUAAGUCGCCAGAAAGAGGCCAUAUAUGGAGUUUCCUCCCUGCCAUAUUGGGGAUUUUGUCCCUGCCAUACGAGUUUCCUCCAGACCAUAUAACGAGCUCCCCAGACGCCAUAAAUAGAGUUUAAAACACGGCAUAAUUGGAGUUUCCCUAUUACAGUUUACCGUGCGUUCACUUGAAGUCGCAAUAUUUUAGUUUAUGAGUCAAAAUGCGGUCUUACCAAAAUUCGUUUCCCAUUCAUUUCAAUGAAGAAAGGUGUAUUGAUCCCGCCUUACAAAGCUUCACAAAAGUUCAGUUCCAUAGUUAAGACCUUUACACACCGGGGGCGUUUCUUAGCACGAUUAAUUCACACGUAAUAUAUUAGAACUGUUGUUUUUGUCAGGAAAACUUUCACACAGAAUGCAAAUAUUACGCAGCAAAAAUGUUAUUUGUCGGAAGGAGGUUGAUUUUUCUGAGCUUUUGCACCGUGUAUAAAGGCAUCAAUCAAUCACUUAGUGCGGAACCGGUUGAGUUGCACCUAUAUUCAUGAAACAACAACACAGAGGCUAAUCCGAACUAAGACGACAAACUUUAUUACUCCUUUCAACCUUGCCAAAGGCCGUUCUUACCUUUCGCAAUAAAAGCCUCUACAUACAAUAGCUGCAGGCGACUAUUUUGCAUUUUGUGUUGUUUAUUCAUCACGCCCCUGAUGUGUAAAGGCCUUAAAGGUGGAAUGGACACCUAAUUUAGGAAAUAUUGUUCAUAUACGUUUUAUAUCACUAGUCCAAGAACAAUUAACGACAAAGUAGGGCUGGGUGAUAUGGACACAAUUUUCUUGCGUCACAAUGCAGAAAUCAUGAUUGAAACAUUAUAUUCUUUAGGUCUUCACGUGCAGUGUAGUUAAACAAGAGUUAUAAAAGACCUGCAUUGUUAUGCAUAUUCAGUAAAUUCAGUAGAUACCAGAAAUUUAGUAGUCCAUAUCAAUACCAGUGAAAUUAAUCUGAUAUAUCUCCCAGUCCUAAAAUAGAGCUGUAUAAUUUAGUCUUUUGAAUGCUAUUUCAAGUCCGGAUUUCAAAAUCCGGUUGGACCGCACCGUUAACAUUACUGGACACAACUCUUAAAGAAACGAUCCCUCCUUUCCCCAUCUUGCCCAGAGACAGACAAGAAGACUUAUAUCUAUAGGUCCAGGACGUGUUUAGCCUAGCUUAGCACAAAGACUGGAUGCAGGGGGAAACUGCUAGCCUAGCUUUAUCAAAAAGUGAAAAAAAUACACCUUCAAACGACCAAGCUGUCUGACUUACAUGUUGUAUUUCGUUCGCUAGUCACCAAUCUAUCCAACUGAGUUUUGGUGACAGUAGUUUAUAAAAACUCAUCAUAAGGAUGAUGUUAACUGCUGCUAAAACCACAAUGUCUCGUUUUUACUUCAUUACAUUUCUACACCUGCACAGUAAACAA